AUGGAGGGCCUCACUACCUUUAAGAAGCUUCGUGAGCGCGUAUCUCCUCUAAAAGAGGUGGACGAGAACGCGUCGAACUUGGCUUUGCUAAGUACUGAGCUGUACAGCGAUCACCGUAUCAAGAAACGCCAGAGCUCGGAUCCCUUUGACGAUAGGGUGUCUAAAAGGAAAUCAAAGCCAAAUUCCAACAAGUCACUGUCUUUAAGAGACUCACGAUUUAUUCGUGACGAAAACCUCAAAUCGUUGUCCCGCGAGAAGACGCCCUCGGAGACGAAGCCUGAUGAGAAGAAACCUGAGGAACAUGUUGAAACAAAUGUAUCUGAACCCGCAGAGGAUGACGAAAACAUACCCUUAGAAGUGCUUGAGGAAAUGCAUAAACUCGAGGAAUCUUUCCCCGUUUUGGCAGAGAAAUAUCGCCUUAUAGACAAGAUCGGCGAGGGCACGUUCUCUACCGUGUACAAGGCUGAGGCUGUCAAUGGAGCCGUUUUACUUGGUUCUCAGAUGUGGAAGUCGCCUCCACUUCAAAAAGUUCCAUCUAAACGAAGCAAAAAGCCAAAGAGAAAGAACCCGUUGGUGGCUCUCAAGCAAAUCUAUGUGACUUCGUCGCCUAACAGAAUCUACAACGAGCUUAACCUUCUCUACAUGCUCAGUGGGAACUCGCAUGUUGCUCCUUUGCUUGACAUUUUACGUCUUCAAGACCAGGUCCUAGCCAUUCUUCCUUAUUACCAGCAUGCUGACUUCCGGGAUUUUUACAGAGACAUCCCCAUCAAGGGCAUAAAGAAAUACAUGUGGGAGCUUUUUCAAGGGCUCGAAUUCGUCCACAGCAAAGGAAUCAUGCAUCGUGAUUUGAAACCAACAAAUUUUUUGUACGAUCCAUUCAAGGGUAAGGGAGUACUCGUGGAUUUCGGUUUGGCCGAGAAAAUGCCCCUGGCGUACUCUCUGAGUAAUUCAAGAUCAGCCAACACGUGUCCAUGUCUAUCCGAAGAAAAGUCUUUGCGUCGAGUUCUGACAAAGCGCCUCAAUAUAAAGGCUGCUUAUCCUAAGGUAGAUCAACGUCCUCCUCGACGGGCAAAUAGAGCUGGCACAAGAGGCUUCAGAGCGCCAGAAGUUCUUCUUAAGUGUACAAACCAGUCCACAAAAAUAGAUGUGUGGUCCGCCGGUGUCAUCGGUCUCUCGUUGAUUUCCAGGAAAUUUCCUCUUUUCAACUCUCCAGACGACAUUGACGCGCUAAUAGAAAUUCUCUUGAUCUUCGGCCAGGAUAAACUUCAAAAAGCUGCCGAAUUGCAUGGGUGUGGGUUGGAAGUCAACUUGCAAGGCGCAGUGGCAACGAGCUUCAACGGAAACCUUGUCAAGUUCUUGUCAUCAGUUCUCCACCACGAGAAAGAAAAUGAGAGUAUCCCUACUGAUAGUGUUAUUCAUGACACGCUUGCAUAUCUCGAUCCAAGGCAGCAUGUCUUGAUCAAACCCACAAUUGAAACAUCAGACGUCACUGACAAUCAGUAUGAAGAUUACAGGAAAAAACUAGAAGGUUAUACUGAUCUCAAGCAUUUGUUACAAUUGCUAUAUGGAUGCUUUAGUAUGGAUCCGCUGAAGCGACUUAGUGCAUCUCAGUUGCUAAAAUUACCCUUCUUCAGUGAAUUAAAGGCACAUGAAGAUGACGAGGUCGUCCUCUAG